AUGGCGAUCCGCAAGAUCCUCGCCCUCUCCUUCACCUUGGUGUCGCUGGCCUCCUCCAAGACGAUCAACUACCCCAACAAUUCUGCCGAUGUCAUCCUUGAUCGAGCCUUGAACGCGAUGGGUGGUGAAGAUGUCAUUGCGCGCCUCGAUGGAGUCACCUAUCACUCUCCAAACAUCUACCGUUCUCGAAGUCUCAUGCAGAGCUACAACAUGGACAGAGCCGAUACAGCCAUGGCUAUAUCUGGCGCUCAGAAUGUGUCUUUUAGUUUUGACUCGAACGAGUUGACUCAGCGAAUUGAUCGCAUCCUCAAGCCUUCCGAGUAUUGGUCUUGGGGGUCUCCCAGACUCGACGAGUUCAACCACUCGCUCGUUGUCAGAGGUGGCAAGAAUGGCUUUGCGUGCUAUGUUCGCGGUAACAACCAGAUCUGGCUUCCUGCCGACCUCACUUCUGGAUACACCGAUCUCUAUGACCCUGUCCUCGACAUCACCGUCAUCUUCGACACUCGCACCCAUCUCCCCCACAUCGUCCGCACCGUAGAAGACCACAUGAUAUACGGUCCCUCAACCAGCGACCUCUACCUCAGCGACUACAAAGCUGUCAAGGGCAUCAAGUUCCCCCACCUCGUCCAGACCGUCUACAACUCGACCGUCGAGAAGCUGGACGCCACCCUCGAGGACUACAUCAUUGAGGAGAUCACAGUCAACCCCAAAUUCUCGCGAAACUUCUUCCAGGGUCUUCCAGACGACAAGGGUUUCUUUCCCAAGGCUGCACCCAAGAAGGUUGAAGGUUACACGCAUGCGCGCAUCGGCGAGUUUAGCUUGAACGGCCUCUGGGCAGGCCUCACAACGUCUACUGUCGAUACCAUCAAGGGCGAGAAGCCUGUUCCUGGGCUACCCAACGUGUACUGGAUCAUUCUUGACCAUGACCAGCUCGGAGUCAAACAGUUCAUCAUUGAGUUCGAGGAUCAUCUCAUUGUUGGAGAUGCUCCUCCCCAGCACACCAAGGAGGUGAUCAAGUGGAUCAAGAAGAACAUCAACAAGCCCAUCACGCACCUCUGGCCUACUCACCACCACCGAGACCACACUGGAGGUGCCGCCGAGUACGUCAAGCUUGGAGCCAAGUUGAUCGUCGCCGACGUCUCAGCUAAGUACUGGUCAAGCAUCCCAGGCGCCGAGCUCAUCACCUUCAAUGAUACCCACCCUUACGUCCACAGCGACAGCAAGACCCAGGCCUGGUUCGUCUGGGAGGAACAAUCCACUCACUCCAUUGACUGGACCUACGCCAUUGUCACCGAGAAAUGUCCUUCGAAGCGCUCUUCCGUCGCCGUACUUGAGGCCGACAUCUGGCACCCCAGCAUGCCCGACGGACAAAACGACCGCGAGCUGAUGAGAGAAUGGUUGGACCAGGUGGACAAGGACGGACUUCCCGAGAGCGCAUAUGUUCUUCCAACUCACGGCCAGGUUCGCCCGAUCACCGAGCUCAUUGAGCACACCGGGUACGUGUAUGCCCCCAAGACGAUUAAGGAUUGGAGGGGCGGUGGAGCCAUAUGCCAGAAGGCUUAA